AUGUGCCACACAAGUAGAUCUACAUCCACACAAGGGCAUGUGGAUGAAACUGCCAUUGAUGAAUUAAAAUUCUUAAAAGCAGUAGUGAAGGAAACCUUGAGGCUGCAUCCUCCUUUUCCUCUACUAAUUCCAAGGGAAUGUAGGGAAAUGUGGAUUAAUGGAUAUGAGAUACCCGAGAAGACUAGAAUCAUUGUUAAUGCAUGGGCAAUUGGCCGAGAUUCUGAUUAUUGGGUUGAAGCUGAGAGAUUUUACCCAGAGAGAUUCCUGGAUAGUUCAAUCGAUUACAAGGGUGCUGAUUUUGGAUAUAUUCCAUUUGAUGCUGGAAGAAGCAUAUGUCCAGGCAUACUGUUUUCUAUGCCUAACAUUGAGCUGCCACUGGCAUAUUUGCUCUACCAUUUUGACUGGAAACUCCCGAAUGGAAUGAAGGCAGAGGAUCUAGACAUGACUGAAGCAUUCGGCCUAGCAGUUCGCAGAAAACAAGAUUUGCACUUAAAUCCCAUUCCUUAUAAGCCGUCGCAUGCUGAUUGAUGGGUGUUUUGUGUUUGGAUCAAUUCAAACUUGCUGCAACAUGUAUUAUGACUAUUAUCUAU